AUUGUAGCAUCGGACGUGUAAGGAUAGUUAAUUUAAAUUCGUAAUUUCUUUAAUGUUCUUGGAAAAAAGGUUUACAUUAUUGCGGGUGAGAGAGCAGCCAAUUAAUUCAAGAUUUUCGUUAAAAUUUGGUGUAUUCAUAAAUGAGGAAAGCAACUUUAAAUGCAGUUUAAAUUUUUAAAAGGACGCGGCAAAACUUAAAAAUCUGGUGAUUUUCUUCGCUCUUUGUUUGCAACCCUGAAGCACACAAAUUUGAAUGACUGUUAAAUAAAUUUGUCACUUAAAUUUGCUGCAGUUUGUACAAAGUUAAUAGAAAUGGAAGGUGCAUUAACGUCAUACAGAGAAGAAGCGGACGACAAGGAAUUAAUUGACGAGCUACAUCUACUUGUCGAUAAAGUCAAGGGAUCGAAUCCCAAAUUGAUACCUCCUACCUUAAACAUGCUAAAGGCAAUUAUUCGAUCAUCGACAACCUCGAUGACCUCAGUACCGAAACCGCUCAAGUAUUUGUCUCCGUAUUAUAACGUUUUUAAGGAAGCGUACGAUCAAAUCACCGAUCCGAGGGUGAAAAACGAAUGUGCGGAUAUCGUCUCUGUUUUGGCUAUGUGUCCGACAGGUGGAAAUUCUGCAAAGGAAAAGCACGAUUGUUUGCAUUAUUGCCUGUUAGGUUUAAAACUAUGCUCUAGUUGCCUUUAUCGCGACUUAUGUGAUACUGCAAGUACAAAAGACCUUGGUUUUCAAUUUGUGUUUGAUGAGCAUCCACUUAUAAAAUGUAUACUUAUAAAAUGCGUGCUGUUCAACAUGAAUUUGAAAUCACGUACUCGAAAAAUUGAAGAUUGGGGCCACGAGUACAUAAGACAGUUAGAAUCGGAAAUCGUCGAAGAAUGGGCGCUUUUUCCUUCGCCCACAGAAAACGUCAUGUCUCUCAUCAGGUCGAUUAUUAAGUUCGAUUGCACGCAUCACGCCGAAAUACAAGCGUGCGAUUUGCUGAUGGAAAUAGAUCAGUUGGAAAUGCUGCCCGAGUUUGUCGACGAGAGCACUUACUCGCGAAUCUGCCUCUACUUAUCCUGCUGCGCGAAAUACGUCGACCAGAUCGAGGCGAACAAAAUUGUGAGAAUCGUCAUCGGGCAGUAUCUAAAAUUUAAUGAGCACAUCAAAGCUAUAAUUUUGGCGAUACAAUUGAACGACAGGCCUUUGGCUAACAGAAUUUUCAACGAGUGCACGGAUGGAUCAUCUCUGCGUCAAAUGGCCUUCAUUGCAACUAGGCAAUUGUUUCCUAUCGAGAUUGAUACCGACAGAGACGACUACGAAGAAUUGGCCACCAUCUUCAAUAACUCCCAAAUGAGCACCUACUUCGCAAUGCUUGCAAGAGAGUUGGAUGUAGCCGAACCGAAAACUCCGGAGGAAGUUUACAAGACGUGGCUGGAGCCGACGCUAACGAGAACUCUGAUACUCGGCGAGAAUUUAGACAGCGCGCGUCAGAAUUUGGCCUCGUCCUUCGUUAACGGCUUCGUGAAUGCGGGCUUCGGGAAGGAUAAGCUCGUGAGUUUGGAUAACGGCCACAGGUGGAUUUAUCGCAACAAGGACUACGGAAUGAUGAGCGCAACUGCCACGUUGGGCUUGCUGUAUAUGUGGGAUGUCGACGGAGGUCUUUCACCUAUAGACAAGUAUUUGUACAUUCAAGAGGAUUACAUCAAAGGUGGCGCGCUUUUGGCGCUGGGCAUUGUCAAUUGUCGUAUUAGAAAUGAGUAUGAUCCGGCUCUUGCGCUUUUAUCUGACUAUAUGAAUGCUAAAGGUGCAGUACUGACCGGUGCGGUUUUUGGACUCGGCUUAGCUUACAUAGGCAGCAAUCGUGACGACGUACUUUCGCUGUUGGUUCCAGUUGUAGAAAACGCCCAAGCUGUUGAAUAUCUUGCCGUGGCAAGUCUCGCAUGCGGAUUAGUUGCUGUCGGUAGUGGUAACUUUAGUGUCGUCAACGCAAUCUUAACUAAGUUGGUCGAUGCACGUGAAACUUUUCCAUCGAACUCGCAAGAUAUGAGGAUGAUCGUAUUGGGAUUGGGAUUGUGUUAUUUGGGUUGCAAAGAUGCCAUAGAUACAUCUAUCGUCGCGUUGGAGGUGCUUGCUGAACCGUUCAAAACCACUGCACAAUGCUUACUAAAAAUGUGCGCGUAUGCUGGAACUGGCGAUGUCUUGAUUAUUCAAGAGCUGCUCCAGAUCAUGAGUAAUCGUAUUGUCGUACCCACCCCGAGUAACUCCCCGAAAGAUAAGAAGAAAGCUAGACAGGAUGAUGAUACAGGCGUGGCCCAAGCCGCCGCAGUUGUAGCGGUAGCGGCAAUCGCAAUUGGCGAAGAUACUGGUGGGGAAAUGUGUCAAAGAAUCCUGGGUGAUAUGGGUCGUUACGGUGACUUGGGAGUCAGGCGAGCUGUACCCUUGGCGAUUGCUCUUUUAUACGUCUCCCGCCCUCAUUUACCAAUCAUCGAUAUUUUGACGAAGUACGCCCAUGACACUGACGAGGAGGUGUCUUGUAGUGCAAUAUUUUCAUUGGGCAUCGUCGGAGCGGGCACCAACAAUGCAAGGCUGUCGGCUGGAUUACGACAAAUGGCAGUCUUCCACAAGCGCAACCCUUCGCAACUAUUUAUGGUACGUUUGGCGCAAGGUCUCGCGCAUUUGGGUAAGGGAACUUUAACUCUCAAUCCCAUGCAUACCGACCGACUACUGAUGGACCCUUGUUCCAUGGCCGGUAUACUAAUUCCUCUCAUAUCACUUUUCGAUGUCCGUUCCGUAAUAUCCGGUGGUAACCACUAUCUUUUGUUCGCACUUGCCGGCGCCAUGUACCCGCGAUGGCUGCUAACUUUGGACGAGAAUCUGGAGCCGCUUUUUGUCACGGUCAGGGUCGGACAAGCGGUCGAUAUCGUCGGAAAGGCGGGAACGCCAAAGACCAUAUCGGGCAUUCAUACGCACACUACCCCCAUGCUGUUGGCGGCGGGCGAAAGGGCCGAGCUGGCCACGGAUCAGUAUGAGCAGCUGGCUCCGACCCUUGAUGGAAUUUGUAUACUUAAAAAGAAACCAGAGUAACAUUAUGUGUAGAUUUAUAGUUUAUUUCAGUAUUAAAUGAAUUUCUCCCA